AUGUUUUGCUUGUCAUUCAUUCGUCGUGGUGUGCGUUUCAAACCGGGUGCUGCAGCUCAAAUUGUAGCAGAGCGGAGUUUCAGAGAAGCUGGUGGUUCAAAUAAGGAAAUCAUUGUUACAAAUUCUCCACAAAAAUAUGAGAUCGAAUCUUUAGUACAGUAUUAUAAGACUCGUGUCUCGCAACCAAUAUUGGUGCUGAUUGUAAUGGUUUUUGUUUGUCUUAUAAGUAUAUCGAGUGUAUCUUUCGUGACAUAUGAAAGAACUACAUAUGCCAAGUUAAUACAAUUCAUAAAUGGACUACAUUUUUGGAUUUACUGGGUGUCACAUCUUAUAUGGCAACUGAUUUUCUUCUUAUUUAUACCUAUCGUCGUGGUUGCUGUUGUUAUUUGCAUCUUCUCCACAAAAAGUGAUUACUUUUCAGAUAUGGCUGAUUUGUUUGUUAUUAUAAUAUGCGUUGCAAUAUAUAUGUUGCCAUUUUUAUAUUUUUGUACCUUUCAUAUCCAAGAACAACACAUGGUACCUGCUUUAAUAAUUGCUGCAUUUAUUAUGGGUAUUUUGGAUAUGUACUUUACUACUUUUCGAAACCAUUUGUCUUUCAUCCUCAGUAUAGUUCCAUUUUAUGCAGUGCUAUCUGCGAUAGAAGAUUAUCACGUUCAUAAAAAAGUGCAAGAAGCUUGCACAAAUAUAACUAUAGAAAAUUGCAAUGGAACUACAAAUUGUUGUUAUUCAAAAUAUAGUUGGGGAACAUCAGGAAGGUUAGAUGAAUUGGCCUUCAUGCUGUUUUUCGGAGUAUUUUUCUUCAAUUGGGUUGUGCUCACGGACAGUGGGUUUAUGAACGAAGUACUGCACUGGGUACGAGACGUGCACAGUGAAUACAACAUAAAUAAGGUAGCACCUGAUGAAUCAGUUGAGGAUGAAAUUACACGAGUGGACAAUAUGACUGAUGCGGAUAUGCAGCAGCAGACAAUCGUUGUUAAUCACGUAACUAAAGUGGAGCAAGAUCAAAAAUUUGUUGUGAACGACGUGACAUUUGCGAUCGAAAAAGAAGAAUCUUUCGGUGUUGUCGGUUUAUAUGGGUCUGGAAAAAACGCUUUAUUAAAUGUUAUUGCAGGUGUAACCCCACCUACAGUUGGCGUUGUACGUAUCAACAAUAAAAAUAUGAAUGCGUUUUUUAUAAAAGAAAUUUAUUCUGACAUUGAUUAUCUGGCACGAAAGAAUGCAUUGUUUGAAGAGUUCACAGGUUAUCAAAACUUGAAAUUGCAUUUCCUAAUAAAUGGUAUUGAAAAUAUAAAUGAUGUUUGUGAAAUACUACUGGGUUCAUUUUAUUUAACUGAUGUUGCAUCGACGAAAGUGAAACACUACACUACAAUGAAUAAAUACAUGUUACGUAUGGCGGUAGGUUGCAUUAGAAGAAAGUCUAUAGUAUUAAUGGAUAAUCCUAUAAGCAACACAGAUCCUCCAACAACAAUCAUGUUAUGGAGACUUAUCAAUAUAAUGCGAUCGACUGGUAUGACUAUAUUGUUGACAACUAAUAGUAUGACAGAUUGUAAUAUGUGCUGCACACGAUUUGCCAUCUUAUCUGGUGGUGAAAUGAAGUUCAUUGGGACCAAGGAAGAAUUACUAGAAAGGAGUGAAGAUGGAUAUAUUCUUGAAAUUAUUAUUAAUAAUGAUCGCUCAUCUGACGUUUCAAUUAUAAGUAGUGAAGAGAGUAUUAAGAAAGUGGAAUUAAAUGAUUUUAUGCAGUCAAGAUUUCAAAAUCCAAAAUUAAUAUUAAUAUGUUUCCCACGGUUCAAGUUUUUUAUACCACGUAGAAAUAAACUAUGGAAAACCUUCAAACUUAUGGAGAAACAUAAAACCGAAUUGUCUAUUGUCAGUUACUUCGUAACUGAGAAGGAUUUUCAAACAAUUUUAGUGGAAUUUUCAAGAUGAUA